UGACUGACUGCGCAUUUCCACUUUUCGCCAGGUUCCCCAGGCACCGGGCGAAGGAUACGUACCGCUCAGUCCGUCUCCGACCUGCUCGAAACGGUCGUUUUGAUUGGCCCUCAUCCAUCGUUCCACCAUCCCUCUUCUUGACCCCCCCGGUGCCCCGUCUCCGUCCUGACGGCCGUGCAACUCACCAUCUCAGCCAGGGACCAUUGAAAUCAACUGGUUAUUGUUGCUAUCGGUCGGAUUCAUUGCCUUGUCGCGCGCCUCUUGCGCCCCUUCCAACCCUUGGGAAGUCCUGCUGCUAGUUUGUUCCAGUGGCUGGGUCGUUCCCAGCUCGACUAAAAUUAGUGGUCCAGCAUCCCCCAAGGUGGCCGUCGUCGUCCCCUUCCGACCGUCUUGAGUCUUCCUCACCACCCCAACCUGGAAACCCCCCGUGCCCCCGUGCCACCCCCCGGCAAGAAACAGCAGCGCAUCCCCCCCCAAAUCCUCAGACGGGCACCUUGUUUCGGCUGGGCUCUCGCCUCUUUUUCCAAGCGGGAGGCGUCUCAUCACCUGAACCUGAACUUAACCACCUCAUCAGCCCGCCUACACCCUCCAAGGCUCCAACCACCUUUUCUCCUCUUUCCCAACCACACUUCACACACUCUACAACCAUCAAUCAACAAACCGCGACCGAUCGCCAUUUGCAUCCUCCAACAAACCCGGAACCUCGUUCAACUCAAUCCUCAAUCUCGCUUUCCCGAAGCAAGACUUUUAUCCACCAGCUGCAGCUUCGAGCUCCGCCGGCAAACCCCAACUUCACCCUCUUCACAUCUCCGUCACCACAGCGACAAUGCCCGAAGACGCCCCCUACGACCCGUACAUCCCCAGCGGCCAGGCUGCCAACACGGCCGGCACGCAACAGCAAGGAGGAGCUGGCGGCAAUGCGAGAACCCAGGCUUUGCAAGCUCAAAUCGACGACACCGUCGGCGUGAUGCGCGAGAACAUCAACAAGGUCUCCCAAAGAGGCGAGCGUUUGGAUGCUCUGCAAGACAAGACCGACAACCUGGCUGUGUCAGCUCAGGGCUUCCGUCGGGGCGCCAACCGCGUCCGCAAGCAGAUGUGGUGGAAGGACGUCAAGAUGCGCAUGUGCUUGAUUGCCGGCAUCAUCAUCCUCAUUCUCAUCAUUGUCAUUCCAGCCGUUGUUGCUACUCGCAAGUAACAGAUACCACACUUUUUGCAUUACACUAGCCCCUUGGGCUCAUGGUUCGCCCUCAUGAUAUGGAAAUGAAUUGUCAGAUAUCUCGCAGGCUUCGAGCAACCGUGGGAGACGAGGGGAUGAGGCGGCACAAAGAGCCAACCUCUAUGGGUUAAUGACUUGGGAAGCGCGGAGGUUGUUCGAAACGGACUCCGAUCUACUUCAACGGUCUGCAUGCAAAGGCCUGCUGCUGGCCGGCUCCGGGAUUCGUUCCGAGGAAGCUAGCCAGCCGCAACGGCCCGGCUGCGGAUCAACCGCAUGUAUGUAUGAGGGAUGGCAGGCGUUUGCGUAAUUUGAAUUCUCACUGGCCCUGGUUUUGAUAUCCAGUCUGGUCGCUUGUUGUAUAUGAAUGAAGUGACGAGUCUUUUUUUCCACAACAACUCUGCGGGAUCUCUUUGAUAACGGUGUCCGAACUUUCCGUAAACAUUUUGACUGUGACUACCAUGUUCUGGUUCAUUAUUGGUGCAUGCCGAAUGAUCCAUUUUCCUGCAUCUCAUUACGUGCUGAUAGAAGAAAAUAGAGACAUCG